CUUCCAGUGUCCUUUAACGCAUCACGGUAUAGUUACGUGUUGUGUGAAAAUGUCCGCCACUCGGUACCGUCGGUUCUUGAGGCUGUGUGAAGAAUGGCCCCGAGACGAGUCCAAGAAAGCCCAAGAUUUGGGGACGGUGCUGCGGCAGAGAGUGGCAGCGGCCUUCCGUGAGGGUGAAAACACGCAGAUCUCAGAUCCAGAGAAGUGCGACCAGAUGUACGAAAGUUUGGCUCGCAUUAACAGCAACUACUACAGACAAAGAUUUCCUCGUGUAAGAGACACAAGCUUUACUGGAGUUACAGUGGAAGAGUGCAAAGUGCUUUUGACAGGCAGUAUGCAACAUAUGGACGAGGAAAAAAAGGGGCUGUGGAAGACGUUAAUGAAGAGAUUCUCCUCCAAACCACCAGAAGAAAGUCCAGAGAAGGCUCCUGAAAAAUAAAUGUUUUUUUACGCUUUUUCUUUUCUUUUCCCAUCGCAUGUACAGAAAUAAAGCUUAUUAUUGGUAUCGUA